UAACCUAACCAACCUUAUUUGCCGCUUCUUCUUUGUCACUUACCAUUACUAUUGUUACUUGUGCCUACCCCUCUCUCUUUACCUUUACCACCUCCACUCCAUAUUAAACAACACUACACAAACAAAAAGGACUACUGCUAUUACUGUCUCCACCUGCAACCUUCUCAGUCCAGUCCCUGCUGCAAUUUCUAUUUCUAUUUCUAUUUCCAUUUCUUCUCUCUACUAUUUUCACCUUCUUUCUUUUCUUCAAUGACUAUGGUUCGUUCUUCUUCUUCUUCCUCUUCUGUUCCUUCACUUCCUCCACCUUCUCCUAAGUCACCUCCUGAAUAUCCAGAUUUGUAUGGCAAACGCCGUGAAAUGGCCAAGGUUCAGAUGCUUGAAAGAGAGAUAGGUUUUCUAGAGGAAGAAUUGAAAUCUAUGGAAGGUCUUCAACCAGCUUCAAAAUGCUGCAAAGAGAUUGCUGAUUAUGUGGUGGCAAAUUCAGAUCCUCUGUUACCUUCAAACAAGAAGAAUCGCCGGUCAUGUCGCUUCUGGAAAUGGCUCUGUCGUUUGCCAUGUUUUAAUCUGUCUUGGAUCUGCUGCUGCUGCUGCUGCUGUGAUGGAUUAUCUGUACAUCUAAAAUUACCAAGCUGCUGCAGUGACUGUAAACCAUGCAGUUGUUGCAGUUGCAGCAACUGUUUUCCAUCCUUCACUUGUUCCUUACCUAAGUGGAACUGUUGCUGUUGUUUCUCUUGUCCCAAAUCAAAUUGCUGUAAACAAAGCCUUGGUUCGGGAAAUUGUUGUACUUUUCCAACUAGUUGCAAUUUUGGGUGUCCAUCAUGCCCUUCUUUAUGCAGUUGCAAAUGCACCUGCACUUGCUCUUGCCCAACUUGUCCAAAGGUAAAUCCAUGUUGCUGUUGUACAAAGUCAUGUUUUAAUCCUUCUUGUUUCUGUUGCUAGCACAUUACUAUAUUCUCUCCAAAGGAGAAAAAAUUUGGAGCCCUUUGUCUUCACAAAAUUGCAUUUAUAUAAGCUAGAGUAUAAAUUUUGGAAAAAUAAAUGUUUAUAACUAUGCAGUAUAUGGAUAGUGAAUACUUGAAGCAAAUGUAAUAGCUCGGUUUGGAAGUUGUAAUUUUGGGUAUGAUAAGUUCCAUUUCAUCC